GGGUGCUAAUAUAAUGAUAAUGGCUUGAAAUGAAAGUAUAAAGAGUAAGCUAUGCUCCAAUUAUAGGCAGCUGGGUUCAUUUCGUACAAAUUGAUUUUCAAGGUAGUCAUUUCAUUUUUACUGACACCCCAUCAUUCAGUGGCCCUUGAAUGGAUCAGUAUGUCUUUACAGUCUGUUCUCUAAAUUACCCAGUCAUUGUAAUCAGGUCCUACAGCCCAACUUAGUUAUUCCAGUCUUGGGGUUUUCAAAUAAAGAUCCUCAUAAUUUCUUAUUAAAACAUUUUCUUGAUGGAUUAAUUGAUCUUUGGAACUAUGCAAUAAGAUAGGGCCUUCACCAGUUGGUCAUAGUUUUGACUAUGGCCUGAAAAACAGCUUGGCCCCCUGCUGCAGCAGGUCUCACACUGGCUGGAAGGGAUUGCCACACGGUCUAAACUGGAGGACCAAAAUGCCAAACCAAGCUCAAGAGGAUGCUGUCAUCAACCUGAAGUCCGUCCAGGAUCUGUCUCAGUACCUGGGGUUUGAGUGGACCAUUCUGGCCUAUGAGCUGGGCUUCACCCGAGCUGAACUCAGACAGUUCCACACCGCGUCGUCAGAGAAGAGGACCCAGGCCAAGAGCAUGCUGGAGUGCUGGUACAGUCGGUCAGGGAACACGCCGAAUAAGACCAAAGUUCUGCGCGACGCUUUGGAGCGGGCCGGGCGCAGGGAUUUGUCGGACCGCCUGCGCUGCCUGCACUGGGGGCACCAGAAACUGAGCCCCCGGGUGGAGCUUCCCUCGGCUUUCCCGUUCAUCAUCACCGUCCACCGGACCAUCGACAACCGCGAGGGCUUGCGCAGGAUCAACGAGCUCAACCGCCGAUACACUUAAUCAUCCCUGUAACCUGGCAACAGAUCAUCGCGGCCACUUAACGGGUCUCUCUGCUCACCGCGAAUGAAAAAACAAAAUGGCUCCUAUACUUUUUUUUUUUUUUCUUUUCUUCACAAAAAAGAUUUAAGUUAUGCAACUGUAAUUUUCUUUCGUCAGAAGAUUUGAGUUGGAAUUCAUUUUCCUUGUAGCCAAUUGACAGCGGGAUUUUGCUUGGCUGAUUUUAAUGUAACAAUUUGACUAGGUGAAAAGUUUUCAUCAAAAAGCUGCGCGCCGUUAAGAUGAAAUACCUAUUCUUGAAUUUAUUAAUCAGAAUACUAAAAAAAAAAACACAAAAAAAAACUUAAAACCAUCUGUAUUUUGUCAGUGUCCGUGACACAGCUGUAAUUGUGUUUCAUAUGAGGAUCGGCU